AUUUGAAUCAGUAUGUGUCACCAUACAAAAUUCAACUCACUCCGUUCUCUUCGUCUUCGUUUUCGUCUUCGAAACCCUAACCAGCUCCGUCACUUGCCCCUUUCCCUUUUGAUUCCACUUUCGGUAACGCCUCAACCAGAAAGAUACUGUAGGGCCACCUAAUGAUAAGACUUCCAACUUCUACAUAAGUUGCCAUUGAUACUUUUUUAAUCAAAUGGAUUCAGUGCCCGCUGAUGUCUCUAAUUCACCUCCUAUUAAAGAUCCAUCUACUUUAACUCCUGUUAAAGAGACAGAUGGACAAGCUUCUGCUGCUGUAGCCUCUGGGCAAGAUAAUUCUGCUCAAGAAGUGCCAUCUAGACUAUCUUCCACUGGCAUAUCAUCUUGGGCCAAAAACUUGAAAAUUCCUCAGCCAUUUUCUGGUUCCCAAGAUGACGCAUCAAAUGGUAAUGUUGGGAAAUCAACUUUUGCACGCAUCACUAGUAAUUUAGGGUUGCGGUUGUCUCCAAAAUCUCCUGUGGUGGAUGACAGUUCCAGUGAAACAGCAGUACAAUCUAAUUUGUUUGGAAGUAUUACAAAAGGCCUGGUUGACUCUUCUAAGAAUGCGGUGAAAGCUGUGCAGGUUAAGGCACGACAUGUUGUUUCUCAGAAUAAACGCAGAUACCAGGAAGGAGGUUUUGAUUUAGAUAUGACAUAUAUCACAGAAAACAUCAUUGCAAUGGGGUUUCCUGCUGGCGACAUGAGCUCUGGGUUUUUUGGUUAUGUCGAAGGUUUUUACAGAAAUCAUAUGGAAGAAGUGAUUAAGUUUUUUGAGACUCACCAUAAGGGGAAAUACAAAGUAUAUAAUCUUUGUUCUGAGCGGCUGUAUGAUGCAUCAUUGUUUGAGGGGAAGGUAGCUAGCUUCCCAUUUGAUGAUCAUAAUUGCCCACCAAUUCAACUAAUUAUAUCAUUUUGCCAAAGUGCGUACUCAUGGUUGAAAGAAGACAUCGAGAAUGUCGUGGUUGUCCACUGUAAGGCUGGAAUGGCAAGGACCGGGUUGAUGAUUUCUAGUCUACUCUUAUUCUUAAAGUUCUUCCCAACUGCUGAGGAGUCUAUGGAUUACUAUAAUCAGAAAAGAUGUGUUGAUGGAAAAGGACUUGUUCUGCCUAGUCAGAUUAGGUAUGUCAAAUAUUUUGAACGGAUUUUGACUUACUUCAAUGGCGAAAUCCCACCUGCCCGGAGGUGCAUGCUUAGGGGAUUCCGGCUUCACAGAUGCCCUUACUGGAUCAGGCCCUCCAUAACUGUUUCAGAUCAUAGGGGUGUGUUGUUCUCAACCAAAAAGCAUCCGCGAACCAAGGAACUUUUGCCAGAAGAUUUUUGGUUUAGUGCGCCAAAGAAGGGAGUGAUGGUCUUUGCUUUGCCAGGAGAGCCUGGUCUUACAGAGUUGGCUGGGGACUUCAAAAUCCAUUUUCAUGAUCGCCAAGGAGAUUUUUACUGUUGGUUGAACACAACUAUGACAGAAAAUAGGAAAAUAUUGAAUACCAGUGAUCUCGAUGGCUUUGACAAGAGAAAAUUGCCUUCUCCAGGAUUCUUGGUUGAGGUUGUGCUAGUGGAUUAUAAUGGUGACGUUGUAACUACCAAACCUGAAACUACUACAAAGAAAUCAGAUGAGAGUCCAAGUAACAGUCUCACCAGCACUAGCCCCACCCCAGUUGAAGUGAGCACCCCUGCCCCGAACCCUGACAAAGAGUCAGGGGGUCGUGAUAAAGACGAUGUGUUUUCAGAUGGUGAGACAGAGCAUCCUGCUUCUUCAAGUAGCAAGCAAACAAAAGCACCUUCUGAAGCAGUUGAAACAGUUACAAAUGCCACCAGAGAGUCCGAGUCAAACAAAAUUUCAAACCAAAUCUCAAAUUUAACACAUGCAACAGAACAAGUUUCUUUGGGAAAUAAGAGCUCUACAACAAUUCAAAGUGCAGUUGAGCCAAAAAGGGAUGCUGAUGGAAGAACAGUGUCCAGUCUCGAGGUGCCCAGCUCAGAAAGUGAGUUUAAGGCCAUGGCUGCAGAUGCUUCUGUUUUUACAUUCGGAGAUGAUGAAGACUAUGAAAGUGAUUGAAGUCCAACAGGAUUACUUUGUUAUCUUUAUACUUCGAAAUUUGUACAUAACAUUGCUUGCAACUUCGAACUCAGCAAUAUCAUGUUCAUCCAUUUGUUUGUUUGUUGUAAUGAUAAAUCUGGCCACAGUCACUUGCCUAAUGCACAAGUUAAAAAUAAGAAUGUGCUGACUUAUCAGUAUUGGUUGGCUAUUUUUUAUUGUUUUAAUUAAGCAGGAAACUCAAUUUGUUA